AUGGAGCCGUUUGGGCGGGAGAGGCUGAGCUGGCUGAUGGUGCUGGUUGUGUGGUUUGUGGCGAGAUUCAAGGAAGGGAACGGGUUCUUCCCGUGGAGUUUGUGCCUGAUGCGAGAUCUGGUGUUGGGAUACACGUAUUUUGUGGCCGUACUGCAAUACGUAAAAGUGAAGCCCAUUUCGAGGAACAUGUGGAUACCUCACGAUGCGUUUCCAAUUCAAUGA